AUGGCAGACUCCAUCGCCCAAGACUUCAGCCAGAUCGAUCUUGGGGAAGAGCCGGCAGACGGCAAGAUGCCCACCCCAAGGGCUGAGCUCGAAGCUACUAUUCAAGAGCUAGUGGCGCGUGGUAACCAUCUCAACGACGAGGUAGAGACGUAUAUUGCCGCGGUUCUGGAGAAGCAAAAGGUCGGGAAGGUUUAUAAUCCAGUUGAAUACCGAAAUCUUCGCAAUGACAUGCGCAACGAGCUAGCCUUCCUACAGAAGAUUGCGGGAUCGAGCAUGGAUGAGGAAAAGGCCCGACACUACAUUGUAUCUUCGAAUCUUCUCUACUAUGAAGCACUAUGGGGCGCAGCAAAGCGCUCAAUGGGAAUCCAAAGCUUCCGCAAAUACUUCUUCUGGGACCGACAUAAAGCACCAGCAGGAAAGAGCACUACAAAAGGAGUCAGCCUGGCAAAGGGAAGCCAAGCCAAGAACAAGACUUCCGCGCUCGUUGAUAUCGUUGCAGAAGAAGGUGCAGAGUGGAUACGGGUAUCAACCGUCUCAGAGAAGCGUAUUCUAUUCGAUCUUGCGAAGUUGGGUUGGGUAAACGACUCGGACUCUGAAGACGACGAAGAUAUGCCGCCUCCACCGGAAGAUGACGAUGACGAUGAAGACCAAAUCGACGUGGUGCGGAACGCUCGAGGUCUUGCGAGAGCUGCUCGCGCGAACCCAAUUCGCGGCCGACCACCCAAGGUGCGCUUCGUCUUGACAAGAAUCUCUGCUGGGAAAACACCAGCUAUUGAUAUGAUCAUCAAUAAGAUACGCGCUACCGGUGCGAUAGUACAAUGCGGAGACGAUAUUCCACCUGCGCUCUCUAUAGAUGCUGUUCUACCGCGCCUUCUUAUCGAUAGGUCCCGGGCCCUCAGCGAUACGUUAAACAUCGACUGCACUAUUCUACUGGCCCUCAUAUCCGACAUUUCUCACAAACCAUGCCCGAUACUGGACUGGUAUCCGGGCGAAGUACGCGCCCAGAUCGAAGAGGAGGCUCAAGAGCACCUGCUACCAACACAUCUGUACCCUGCAAUCGGCUCACAUCCCAUGGUGUGCACGCGCGAAGCGGCCGAGCAGAUGAACCUGAUAGUACAGACUCUAGCAACUGACACGGAGAAGACAAGAGCGGACCUGCUACUCCGACAAGGAGACUGCGCGUCGUGGUCACAAGAGAAGCUCGCCUCUCUAUCCGACUACCCACCACCGCCCUCCUUCACCCUCCCCAUAACCGUCAAAUACCCCAACGUCUCCACCAUUACCGACAACCUGCCCCACGCCGCCACCGCCGUCGCCGCCGAACUCGGCCACCUCAAUAAAUCCAUCUUCCUCUACGGCUGGGCCGAGAGCCUCACCACCCUGAGUGCGAACCGCGGGCGCGCAAAACAGAUUGAGCAUAUCAUCAAUGAGCAUGGUCUCAAGGACGGCGAGGCGGGACCGCAUAUCUGGCUGUGUGGGGAGAGUAGGAGUUUGAUUGCGAAACAUGGGAGGAGGAAGUAG